CAACUGGACAAGGCAGCGGAUGCCGCUCACACCUUCUUCUUGGCAAACCCGGAGCACAUGGAGGUGCAGCAGGACCUGGAGAACUACAAAACCAUGGCAGGGAAGGUCGAUCUGGUUGACCGAGAAGCACGACAACACCUGGAGGAUUACCUUGCCGGAGUGAGGCAUUACGACCAGGAGGAAUACCCCUUGGCCAUCCAUUUCCUGGAGCGGGCGCUGGAGGGGUACAGCACCGCCGACGUGGAGUGCCGGGUCUUGUGCGAAGGCCCCCAGCGGUUCGAGGGAUACGAAUACCUGGACUAUAAAGUCACCCUCUACGAAGCAAUUGCAGAUCACUACAUGCAAGUCCUGGCGUGCCAACAUGAGUGUGUGCGGGAACUGGCCACGCGGCCCGGGCGUCUCUCUCCCAUCGACAACUACCUCCCCCUCCAUUACGACUUCCUGCAGUUUGCCUAUUACAGAGUUGGUGAUUACAUGCAAGCCCUGGAGUGUGCCAGGUCGUACCUCCUCUUCCAUCCAGAUGAUGAAGACGUCUUAGACAAUGAGAGCUACUACGGAAGCCUCUUGGAAGGGCUGGUGGAUCUCUCAAGCAUCAAGCCCAGAGAGUACGCUGUGAUGUUCCUGAGGCGACAUAAGCUGGAAGCGCACCUGUUGCAGACAGCAGCGGCUGGCUUGGGAUUCUCCUAUACCGAGCCGAGCUAUUGGAGCAUCUCUGGCUCUCGGCAGGAUGAACACAGGAUACCUUCCGGUGCCCACGGCGACCAAGCGGACGGCACGGGGCAGCACCAAGGGAAGAAGAGCAUGUGCAAAGGGGACCGGGAGCUGAGAGAAGGGGGUCCCCUCCUGUACAGCGAUGUGACAUUUGUCUAUAACUCUGAGCAGCUGAAUGGAACCCAGCGGGUGCUGCUGGACAACGUGAUCUCGGAGAAGGAAUGCCAGGAGUUGCAACGGAUUGCCAGUGGCAUCAUACUGGCUGGCGACGGGUACAGAGGGAAGACCUCGCCUCACACCCCCAACGAGCGCUUCGAAGGGGCCACCGUUCUCAAGGCUCUCAAGUUUGGAUACGAGGGGCGUGUCCCUCUGAAGAGCGCCCGCCUCUUCUAUGAUGUCAGCGAGAAAGCCCGCAAGAUCGUGGAGUCCUACUUUAUGCUUAAUUCCACCCUCUACUUCUCCUACACGCAUCUGGUGUGUCGAACUGCCCUACCAGGCCAGCAGGGCAAACGGAAUGACCUCAGCCACCCCAUCCACGCGGACAACUGCCUCCUGGACCCCGAAGCCAAUGAGUGUUGGAAGGAGCCCCCCGCGUACACCUUCCGCGACUACAGUGCUCUUCUCUACAUGAACGGCGAUUUUGAAGGGGGAGAAUUCAUCUUUACAGAAAUGGAUGCCAAGACUGUGACGGCCUCCAUCAAGCCAAAGUGCGGACGGAUGAUCAGUUUCUCAUCAGGCGGGGAGAACCCUCAUGGCGUGAAGGCCGUCACCAAGGGUCAGCGGUGCGCCGUCGCUCUGUGGUUCACCCUAAAUCCACUCUACCGGGAACUGGAGCGGAUCCAAGCCGACGAGGUCAUCGCGGCGUUAAACCAGGAGUCUCUCGGCCCCAGCGAACAGGGCAUCAACCCCAAAGACGAGCUAUGAGCCAGGACCACGGA